CAUACUGUAUUGAAGAUAUGACAUCAUCUGGCAGCCAGCAUCGGGUGCCAUACGUGGUGGCACCUCCCCCAGACGCCGACCAGCUGCCUUCUCUCUCGCAGAUGCCCAGCCAGGUGCCAUCGCAGAUGUGGACAGAUGGCAUAUCAAGUUGGUGUCACAACAGACAGAUUGUGACUGCAAGUACAAGCGGACAGAUGGCUACUUCCGGUCAGCCAAGGUCGUGGGAAGGUCAUUUUCACUUAACGCAAGGUCAAGAACACGCGUUUCAAGAGGAAAGUGUGUACUGCGACCAGACACAGAGUUACCCUGUGAACGCUCCUUCGUCAGGUUCAGGAGCCACAGGAUCUCAAGGCUUCCUUCGCCCUGUCUCGCUAAUACCGGAGCAGUAUCGAAGCUUGUUCUCCCAGUUCCCAUACUUUAAUAUCGUUCAGUCAACUGUCUUCGAUGAUGUCUUUUACACGGAUCGCUCGCUGGUUGUGUCGGCUCCUACUGGCUCGGGGAAAACCGUGGUGAUGGAGCUGGCCCUCGUGCGCCUCCUGAUGGCCAAGGCGACGGAGGACGACACGGACGACGCUCCCAUGCCUCCCAGAGUCGUGUACAUGGCACCCAUGAAGGCCCUGGUGACAGAGCGGUACAUCGACUGGCAAGCGCGUCUGCGGGACCUGGGCGUUAUUUGUGCAGAGAUCACGGGCGACACAGAUCACGAUGAUAUUGCUGUUAUUGCGAAAUCACAGGUAAUUCUUACAACUCCGGAAAAAUGGGAUUCGCUCACUCGUCGCUGGAGGAACCACGUCUCUCUCAUGGAAGCCGUUUCGCUCUUGCUCAUAGACGAGGUACACGUGUUGGGCGACCAAACCCGAGGGCCUACCAUGGAAGCGGUUGUGUCGCGGAUGAAAACCAUACGCACGACAAGGCCUUCCACUUCGCCCCAGAGACCUCCACUUAGGUUUGUUGCGGUUUCGGCAACGAUUCCUAAUGCCGAAGAUUUAGCGGUUUGGCUGUCGGAUGGACAGAGCCCUGCUGUGACACACAAGUUAGAGGAGUCGUUACGACCAGUGAAGCUCCGUCGGGUCGUUCUCGGGUACGACUGCCCUGAUUCCUGGAGUGAGUUUCGGUUCGACUUGUCCCUCACGUACUCUCUGGCCACGGUCAUUGCUACUUACAGUGAGAAUAAACCGUCUCUGGUGUUUGCCUCAACGCGGAAGGGGGCGCAGAUGGCCGCUUCAACACUGAGCAAGGAAGCCCGUCUUGUGAGGAACUCCAACCAUAAACAACUCCUUACUUCCGUCGGCAAUCUCCUUCGGGAUAACAAACUCAGAGAAUGCUUGCUCGCCGGGGUUGCUUACCAUCACGCCGGACUAGACAUGGCUGACCGUCGCCAGGUGGAAGAACUCUUCACGUCCGGCCAUUUGCCCGUUCUUGUGUCCACAAGCACUCUCGCCAUGGGCGUGAAUCUCCCGGCGCACCUCGUGGUAGUGAAGUCCACCUCGCAGUACAACGGGAGCGCGGGCGGCCAUGAAGAAUACUCCACCGGCCAGAUCCUACAGAUGAUCGGGCGUGCGGGCCGUCCUCAGUUCGAUAGACACGCGACAGCUGUUAUUAUGACCAAGAGACAACUUAAGGUCAAGUACGAGAAUUUGGUGAACGGAAAGGACGUCCUCGAGUCACAUCUUCACCAACAUCUUGUUGAACAUCUCAACGCCGAGAUCGUUUUGGGGACCGUGACGGAUUUAGGAGUAGCAGUAGAAUGGCUACGCACAACCUUCUUGUACGUAAGGGUACAGCGGAACCCUCGGCACUACGGUCUUCAGGCUAGCCUCCAGCCCAACCAACUGGAGGCUAAGUUGCAAGAGUUGUGCACUCGCGAGGUAAACGCCCUCUCUCGCGCCGGCAUGAUUUCCCAGAACGAGGUGGAGUUGCAGCCCCUGACUCCCGGUCGUCUUAUGGCUCGCUAUUGCGUCUCCUUCGCUACCAUGGAGGCUUUCACACGGCUGCGCGGAGACGAAAGCCUGAAGGAGUUGGUUGAGAUCAUUUCUAGUACUCGAGAAUUCUGGGAUGUUAAGUUAAGGACGUCAGAGAAGAGAGUUCUGAACAGUAUUAACAAGACGCAAGGCAUCGGUCUUCGUUUCCCUAUCAAGGGGAGAAUCAUGAAAAGAGAACAAAAGAUAAACUGCUUGAUUCAAGCAGUGUUGGGUAGCCAGCUAAUCCCGGAACCAAGUCUGACUCAGGACGCUAACAAGAUCUUCAGAACGGGACAGAGAAGCACGAAGUGCCUGGCAGAGUACGGCGCCACCCGCAGCGAGUACGAGCUGCAGCUGAACACGGCCCUCCUGGCGAAGUGCUUCCGCUGCCGCCUGUGGGAGAACAGCCGUCACGUGACCCGCCAGCUGGAGAACAUUGGCCCCUCCUUCAGCGCCGCCUUCGUGAACGCCAAGAUCACCUCCUUCAGCGCUCUCGAGGCGCUGUCGCCCAGGGAUGUGGAACUCAUCCUCAACAGGCAGCCUCCCUUCGGCAACAAGAUACGCGAUCAGGCGGUCAAGUUGCCACGCUACGAGCUAACUCUUCAACAAACCAAUGAGGUAGCGCCGCGAACAAGCGAAGUGCGUGUCACAGUCGACCUGGUGAACAAAGACGACCUGAUUUCCGGCGCCACGACUCCCCGCCACCACUCGUGUCGUCUCGUCAUCGGGGACCUUGGCAACUGUGUCGUCUUCCAUCAGAGGAUCACGGAUGCUGCUCUUCUGGUCUCGGGAUCCGUCACGCGCUCGUUCGCAGCGUCCAGGUCGCACGCGGGGGAUGAACUCGCCAUCAAUCUCAUCUCGGAGACUUGGGCUGGCUUGGACGUACAGAGCUGCUACACCCCCCGAUACCUGGGUCCUCCACCUACUCCACCUCUUCCACUCCCGUCCCCCUCCAUUCCUGAGCCAGAAGAUGGUCAGACUCCACACGCUUAUUUGAUCUAA